UUCAUGCGGACAGGUGGGCUCGCUUGUCGACGGUUUUCUGCCCGUUCCCAGACUCCGUUUGUAAAAGUCACUCGGAGUAGAGACAGAAGCACAGAACAGUCUUAGGCUGCUACUAGAGCCAGAGCAGAGGUUGAAUCUUGGAGACCCUACCAGUAGCUAAGACGUUACUCUAAGGAUGGUCCUGAACAAAGGAGACAUGGACGGCACAUCUAACGGUGCUCCUAACGGAGAUGAGAUGGAGACAGAGGAGGAGUUAGGUCCUGAUGCUGAGGAGGAGGUUCAGGAGGAGCUCCCCACAGCUCUACAUGUGGUCAAUGUACCUGAUGAACUGUUCGGGGAUCUGACUGUUAGGAACGCAUUUGAGGGCCUGUUCAUGGCCUACAGUCACCGGGCGAGCUUCUCGUACCUUAAGAGCUUUCGGCGGGCGCGGGUUUACUUCCCGACGGCGGACGAAGCGGCGAGAGCGAGAGUGGAGCUGCACCACAAGGACUUCAUGGAGAAGGAACUCAAGGUGUACUUUGUGCAGAUGGACCCCCCCAGCAGAGACCCGCACCUGCGCCCCCCUACCCCAGAGAAGCAGUUCCUUAUCUCCCCCCCUGCCUCCCCGCCCGUCGACUGGGAGCCAAUCACAGAGCAGCAUCACGUGAACUAUGACCUCCUCUCAGCGCUGGCCCAGCUCUCACCAGGUGAGCCACAUGAGUUGAUACCAGCAGAAGGUGACAAGCCGAGUAUCGUGAUCCACGUGUGUGAGGAUACGCCCGAGCAGAGAGCCAUGGGGCUGGAGAAGCCGCGGAUCGUCCAGACCAGGAGACCUGACAUCCCCGACAUCCCAGACUCAUGAGUCACCACAUAGGCCACGCCAAUUUA